AUGCGACGAGCUGCAGUCCUUGGGGAUUUUUUUUUUACUACAAAGGCCUCUGAUUCAUCUUCCAGUUAUCUGCAGCCUUCCUUAUUUACUUGUGCGCAACUGCCUCAACUUCACUGCUACAGCAUUCACCGUAGCGACUACAAAUGUCUUUCCGGAAAAGGGACACAAGAUCGUAACACAGAAAAAUACUACGACGCCAUACUUUCCGGGGAGAUUUACCCGGAAAAACGGGAAUUAUCGAUAUUUUGGUUCAGAAGCGGCAUGCUUUGCAGCAUGACUCAUUGCCCCCGCCCCACUCCCUCUCCUUUCCCACCUCUCGUGCAUCCCAACACGAACCCACUGGAUGGGUUGUUACUCCAUAUCUGUUGUAUUUACGUGAUCAACAGAAGUGCUGAAGUCAUCAUUGGCAUUAAUCGCGAAGGUGAUGUGUACAUUACCGUUCUCAGGUGUCACACACGUAGAACAUAUGAUGGCUUGGCGGUGGGUGACAGCACACAAUGGGCAACUCAUGGUUCUGUGUACGAGGAAAAAGGAAGUAUGCGAUGGGAAUUAAUGGGAAAGUUGUGGAGGAGGUGGAGUCAGCCUAAGAAAGGUCAUGCUCUAGGUUGUGUACCACUUCGUAACCGUAUUUGCAUCUAA